AAUGCUUUAUCAUUUUUACUGAAAACACGUGUUACGUGCUUCUAACAUUUUCUAAAUAAAAAUGGCAAGAAAAUUGACUGCAAAAAUUGGACCGUCUAUUCUGAAUGCCAAUUUGGCACAACUUUCCGAAGAAUCACAACGAUUAAUUAAUAAUGGUGCUGAUUAUUUACAUUUAGAUGUUAUGGAUGGGCACUUUGUACCUAACCUUACUUUCGGCCACCCAUUAGUAAAAUGCCUUCGAAGCAAAAUAAAAGAUGCCUUUUUUGAAACCCACAUGAUGGUCUCUAAUCCUAAUCAGUGGAUAGAACCUAUGGCUGAUGCUGGUGUUAAUCAAUAUACAUUUCAUGUUGAACCAGUGAAAGAUGUUCCAUUAGGAAUGAAAGUUGGAGUAGCACUUAAACCAGGAACUCCAGUAGAUGUAGUUGUAGAUUAUGUUAAUUUAGCAGAUAUGGUAUUAAUUAUGACUGUAGAACCAGGGUUUGGUGGUCAAAAAUUCAUGGAACCAAUGAUGGAAAAGGUAUCAUGGUUGAGAAAGAAUUAUCCUACAUUGGAUAUAGAAGUGGAUGGAGGUGUUGGGCCAGAAACUAUUGAUACAUGUGCAAAAGCUGGUGCAAAUAUGAUAGUCUCUGGAACAGCUGUCAUAGGUUCUUCUGACCAAGCAGGAGUUAUUAGAACUUUGAGAAAUACAGUAAAUUGCGCAUUACAAAAUAGUUGAUUUAAGAAGGGGGAAAAAUGUAACUUGAAGAUAUAAAAUUAAUGCAUUGUACUUAUAUUAUAGAGUUUGCAAAUAUUUUAAAAUUUUGUAUACAACCUUUAUAAGGAAAUAAUAAAA